UACUGGAGAGUCAUAUGAAAAAAAACUUAGAACAAAUGACACAGACUUCCUGCUGAAGUAUUUUCUCUUUUAUACAUCUGCUGUCACGCUGUUCUUUACAAGUCAAGGAUUUAUUAAAACGUAAACUUAUAUUUUGACAGUGACAAAGAAACACAGGAUGCGUCUCUUCAAAAAGUCUAUGUGCAUUUUUUUGGUGGCAUUGUUCCCCUUCUGCCUCCUUUUUAUUCAUAUGUUAAUGAAGUCUGACAAAGUGGUGGAUGUACUAAGUAGAGAAGUCCCUGAAGACCUGCUUAAUCCCAGUUUAUUAAAGGCACCAGAGAAGUUUGCACACAUACCAUUAAAGUGGAAAGAGGACAUUUUACAACUGCUUCCAAAGAACAGCUGCAAGUGCCAUGUGGAUCCUACCCUGAACUUUCCAUUCAGGAGUGAACUGAUUGGGAAACCUUAUGCCGUCAACUUCAUCCCAGAAAUGAACACAUCACAGCUAGAGGAACUUAAACGGCAAAGGGAGCAUGAAUAUAAGAAACACAGGAUAAGAAUUUACAAUCCGACAGAUAAGCUUAUUAUUGCAAAGGCCAACUCUCCUCUGCAGUACCCUACUCAAGGGGUGGAAGUUCGUCCACUUCAAACCAUCCUUAUUCCAGAGAGGAACUACAAUGUGGGGAAUCGUGAGCUCCUAGCCAUUAAAAUGUCCCUUACUGAGUGGCGACAUUGGAUGGAGGGCACUGCCAACACCAUUCAGAUUCUUACUGAUCAUAAGAACCUGACAUACUCUAUCCUCGACAGGCCAGCUCAGUCUACGGGGGUUCCUGCUGCUGACCGUCGUUUCACUGACCUUACUAUUCAUUGGCAGCGUAUACGAUUUGAGUUACGUUCAGCCAUCUCCGACCAUCAUCGAGCUUCUAUUCAUGCCUUUGCAGUUGUUUCACUUUCACAGAAUUUUUUUUUCUUUAUAUUUCUAUUUUUAGUGCAAUUUCAGACAGAUGAGCAUGCAGCAACCUUUAGCAUUAAAGUCCGUCAUCCUACAGUUCCUAAAUUGUACAACUCAAGAUAUGGAGACUCCAAGUACAACAUCAGCACUCUUGUCACCAUAGCAACUAAGACAUUCCUUCGUUAUGACAAGCUGCAGAACUUGAUAGACAGCAUCAGGAAGUUUUACCCCACCAUCACCAUUAUAAUUGCCGAUGACAGUGAAACACCGCAGAAGGUUAAGGGACCAUUUAUCGAACAAUUUAUAAUGCCAUUUGGAAAGGGCUGGUUUGCUGGGAGGAAUCUGGCUGUAUCUCAAGUGACAACAAAAUAUGUCUUAUGGGUGGAUGACGACUUCAUAUUUUGUCCCCGGACAAAGAUCGAGAAGCUUGUGGAUGUGCUGGAGAAGACAACCUUGGAUAUGGUAGGGGGCGCUGUGAGAGAAAUUACAGGAUAUGCAGCUUCCUUCCGACAGAAGUUUAGUGUCAUUCCUGGAGGCGAGGAAGGUGACUGUCUCAUUACACAGCGGGGCUAUCACCAUGCUAUCAAGGGCUUUCCGAACUGUGUGGUAGCUGAUGGAGUGGUCAACUUCUUCCUUGCACGAACAGACAAAGUUAGGCAAGUUGGCUUUGACCCAAGAUUAUCAAGAGUUGGGCAUUUUGAAUUCUUCGUGGAUGGGUUGGGUGACCUGCAUGUUGGCUCUUGUGAUGAUGUCAUUGUUGAUCAUGCCUCAAAAAUACAACUUCCUUGGACUAAGACCAAUCUGCAGAAAGAAUAUGCAAGGUUCCGAUACCCAAAACCAGCAGAGGACAGUACAACAAACAUAUAUUAUUUUAAAAAUUACUUUAUGUGCAUGACUGGAAACUGAAGUCAAAAUACAAGCCAAUCAAAAGGAAAGAAGAAAAGGAACAUGGAGGGGGUUAAAAAAAAUACCCUGAACCUAAUUGCAUAUACAGUAUGGUCUGGAAGGAUCAAAUACAAUGGAUAAAUGCACUCUAUAAUAUUUAAAGAACUAUGUUUUAUUAAAAGGUGAAUAAACUACUGAGCUUGACCCAGUGGUCAAUAUCUUUACAAUUCCUAUUAAGCAUAUAUAAGUAACAUUGCGUAACACCUAAGCAUGUAGUGUUCCUAUGUAGAACUUCUGCCUAAUAAAUGUGCUGCUGAGAAGUUUGAAAUAUCUUAAAAGAAAAAAAAAACGCAGAAUGGAUACACUGAAUGAACCACCCGUUAGACGUCUGGCAGGAGGAACCUUUGAAAAUAAUCCAACUAUUUAAAAUAAAAUCUGUUCUUGAAGGUGAGCGGUAUGUCUCAAGCAAUGAGAUGCUAUCCAGUCCGUUCCAAGGAGCCAACAUCCAAAGCUCUACAGACUUUGUGUAAAAUAUGUAGGUUUUUUACUACCCUGUAUUGUGUUCCUGCUUUCUGUGACAUAGGUCCUAGUUUUCAAAAACUUCCUGUAAUGGACAGAAGUCAUCAACUUAUUUUAGCACUAUACUGUAAUGUCAUUGUUAAUUCUUAACAAACAACAUAUUCGUGAACUCCCCUUUGAACAGUUCCCAAGGUAAACCAGAGAGCGUUAUAGAAUUGGGCCCUAAAAAAAGAGGCAUUAGCCUCAGACAAUGCUGCUUAGCCAGUUUUUAUAUUAUACAACAAAUAUUUUUGACAUUUUUCCUUUUGAAACAAUAGCCUGUAUUUUAAAUAAAGGGACUUGGAUAUUAUCAUUAUAAAUACAAUUAAAAAAAAUUGCAAUUUUUUUCUGUAAUCAAAUGAUCCUCUUUCUAUGGUUAACCUUUGUUAUUAUUAUUAUCGUUAUUAUUUAUUCAUAUUAUGUUUAAUUUCUAUAGCACUGCCAAGUUCCACUUCACUUUGUCGAAACUUUCAAUGAGAGCAUACUAAGGUAGGCUCAAGAGUUUACAUGUCUUGAGCACUAUAUGGGAGCACUGUUUAUAACAAUAUUAUGCAUGUUAGGCUCAAGACACUUUCCUGAGCCUACCUAGCUUUUAUUCAAAGUAAUUUUGCUAAUACAAAUAAUUUGCAAAAAUGUUUCCAUUCCCACCUUUUGAGGCCUAUUUAUCAAGCUGUCAACUGCAAAUACGCUGGAAUUCCGCAGCAUAUUGUUGCGAGCUUCAUUCGACCUAUUUAUCAAAGCCUACAGACCAGCAAAAGAUGAUAUUUGUGACGUAACAUACGAUCCGCCGGUCUCCGUCCGACAGAUCGAUGCUUACGUCAUUACAGAUGUUCCGAAUACACAUUCGGCACUAUCUGACUACUUUUGCAAGUUAUCAAACUUCUAACAGGUGCGCUCGCCACUAUUCCGGUCCAGCGUACCUGGUUUCAAUCCGCCACCCUGGAGGCCGCGGAUGCUAUAGGAAUCAAUGGGAGUCUGAAAGCAGUGAAAGCUCAUGUUCGAUGCUGCCAGAUAGCUAGCAACUAAAUAAAUGUAUUAACCCCUAUCCCGCCGCUCUCCGACACCGCCGCAACUAAAUAAAUGUAUUAACCUCUAUCCCGCCGCUCCUGGACCCCGCCGCAACUAAAUAAAUGUAUUAACCUGUAUCCCUCCGCUCCCGGAGCCCACCGCAACUAAAUAAAUGUAUUAACCCCUAAACCCCUGGCCUCCCACAUCACUACCACUUACUAAACCUAUUAACCCCUAAACCGCCAGCCCCCCACAUCGCCAUAAACUAAAUUAAGCUAUUAACAUUAAAUAUUAACUCAUCCCUAUCUUAUAAUAAAUUUAAACUUACCUUUAGAAUUAAAUUAAACUAUAUUAAACUAUUAAUUAACCUACCCUAACUAUUAUACUAAAAUUACAUUAAACUAUGUUAAACUAAUAAUUAACCUACCCUAACUAUUUUACUAAAAUUACAUUAAACUAUAUUAAACUAUUAAUUAACCUACCCUAACUAUUAUACUAAAAUUACAUUUAACUAACAAUUAAAUUAACUACAUUAUAUUACAUAUUUAAAAACCUAACCUUACUCAAAUUAUUUAAAUCUACUAUAAAGAAGUACUAAGUUACAAAAAAAUAACAACUAAGUUACCAGCAAUAAAAAACACUAAGUUACACAAAAUAAAAAACACUAAGUUACACAAAGAAAAAAAUAAAUUAUCAAAUAUUUAAACUAAUUACACCUAAUCUAAUAGCCCUAUCAAAAUAAAAAAUCCCCCCCCCCCCCAUAAAAAACUCUAGCCUACAAUAAACUACCAAUGGCCCUUAAAGGGCCUUUUGCGGGGCAUUGCCCCAAAAGAUAUCAGCUCUUUUACCUGUAAAAAAAAUACAAACACCCCCCCAACAGUAAAACCAACCAACCAAACCAAACCCAAAUAAAAACCUAUCUAAAAAAUCUAAGCUCCCCAUUGCCCUGAAAAGGGCAUUUGGAUGGGCAUUGACCUUAAAAGGGCAUUUAGCUCUUUUUCCGCCCAAAGUCCCUAAUCUAAAAUUAAAACCCACCCAAUAAACCCUUAAAAAAAAACCUAACACUAACCCCCGAAGAUCCACUUACAGUUUUCGAAGACCCAACAUCCAUCCUCAUCCAAGCGGCAGAAGUCCUCAGCGAAGCCGGCAGAAGUCUUCAUCCAACCGGGCAGAAGUCUUCAUCCAGACAGCAUCUUCUAUCUUCAUCCAUCCAGUGCGUAGCGGCUCCAUAUUCAAGACAUCCGGUGCGGAGCAUUCUCUUCAUACGAUCGCCGCUGAAGAAUGAAGUUUCCUUUAAAUGACGUCAUCCAAGAUGGCGUCUCUUAGAUUCCGAUUGGCUGAUAGAAUUCUAUCAGCCAAUAGGAAUUAAGGUGGAAAAAAAUCCUAUUGGCUGUUGCAAUCAGCCAAUAGGAUUGAGCUUUCAUCCUAUUGGCAUUGAGCUUGCAUUCUAUUGGCUGAGGGGUUAAACAUUUUAGUAUAGUGGCGGUGUUUAGUGACAGGGUAUAAAUAAAGUUGGGAAAAAGCCAAAUAGCAGCGAGAUCGAUGACUGUUUAGUUAAUAACAGUCCACUGCUCAUUGCCUAGUACUUGGUGCGCGGCUUUUUGACAGCUUUUUUGAUAAAUUAGGAGAGCGUACUCAGGUCCGCAGCCGCGAUGUUAGGCGAGCGUAUUGGUGCUGUUGAAUGCAGCAAUACGCUUGACGGCUUGAUAAAUAGGCCUCUUUGUCUCUAACUACUACUUAGAAUAUAAGCACUAUAGGGAGCAGGGCCCUUUCAUCCUUCCAUCCAAGUCUGCCUUUCACGUCUUGCCUUUAUCGUACCCUCUUGUAUAGCGCUGCCGAAUCUGUUGGCGCAUUACAAAUAAAGAUAAUAAUAAUUAAUAUGCUCAUACACAUUUUAGUUUCGACUAUUAAGUCCCCUUAGCCAGCGAUACUCUGUUUUAUAUAUAUAUAUAUUAAAACUAGUAUUCUCUGAAUAAGAGCCAUGUGUGGCAGUAUACAUUUUUAUUUUAAUGUUUUUAUUUUGUGCCUACAAUACACAAACAUAUGUAAUAGCAUCAUUAUACAUAUAGCAGUGUCUCAAAAAUGUUUAAAAAAAAUAUAUGUAGAAAUGUUUUUUUCUUGUGUACUGAUUAUUUGGUUUUAUACUUUAUCGUGCCAGGAGUCAUAGAAAGUGAAUGUUAUGUUUCUUUUGCACCAUAAUUAUUUUUUUUGUUCUUAAAAGCCACUGGUUUGCUUAACUUUGUGAGAUGUUGAUUUUUAACAGCAUUUUUAACUUGUGGUUUAUAUGGAAUAAAUUGCAUUUAAUAAAAGACAAUGAGUUAUUGUAA